UCAGACAGGCAGGUGACGAGGGGCAUCGCAGAAGCGCCAGUAGCUGCGGCUACUGAGCAUGCGCACAGCGCACGGGCAUGCCCAGUGACAACGAGGGAGCCCAAUCUGAUGGGGAGCAGAGCCUGGCACUCGGCAACCUUCGGCGGUUUCCGUGGGGGCCCGGCCGCCAUUUUCUCGUUGCCUCUCUCCGCUCGCUGCCCGCGCGGCUCCCUGCCCUGCUCGCCAGCGCUUUGUCUUGUUCGGCGAUGGACGGCAUUGUCACUGAUGUUGCAGUUGGCGUGAAGAGAGGAUCUGACGAACUUCUUUCAGGCAGUGUACUCAAUAGUCCGAACUCUAACAUGAGCAGCAUGGUAGUUACUGCCAAUGGUAAUGACAACAAGAAAUUCAAAGCAGAGGAUAAAAUGGAUGGGGCUCCUUCUCGUGUUCUUCAUAUUAGGAAAUUGCCUGGUGAAGUGACAGAAACAGAAGUUAUUGCUUUAGGCUUACCUUUUGGUAAGGUAACCAACAUCCUGAUGCUAAAAGGAAAAAAUCAGGCUUUUUUGGAGCUGGCAACAGAAGAAGCAGCUAUCACUAUGGUUAAUUACUAUUCUGCUGUGACACCUCAUCUUCGUAACCAACCCAUCUAUAUUCAGUAUUCUAAUCAUAAAGAGCUAAAGACUGAUAAUACACUAAACCAGCGGGCUCAAGCUGUUCUUCAGGCAGUGACAGCAGUACAGACAACAAAUACUCCCAUUAGUGGAACUACUGUUAGUGAGAGUGCCGUGACUCCAGCUCAGAGUCCAGUACUUAGAAUAAUUAUUGACAACAUGUACUACCCUGUAACCCUGGAUGUUCUUCACCAAAUAUUCUCUAAAUUUGGUGCUGUGUUGAAGAUAAUCACAUUCACAAAGAAUAACCAGUUUCAAGCUUUACUGCAAUAUGGUGAUCCAGUAAAUGCACAGCAAGCAAAAUUGGCAUUAGAUGGUCAAAAUAUUUAUAAUGCUUGCUGUACCCUACGGAUUGAUUUUUCCAAACUGGUGAAUUUAAAUGUGAAGUACAACAAUGAUAAAAGUAGGGACUAUACUCGACCUGAUCUUCCAUCUGGUGAUGGGCAACCAGCAUUGGACCCAGCUAUUGCUGCAGCAUUUGCAAAGGAGACGUCACUUCUAGCUGUUCCAGGAGCGCUGAGUCCUUUGGCUAUUCCGAAUGCUGCUGCUGCAGCAGCCGCUGCUGCUGCUGGCCGAGUGGGUAUGCCUGGAGUCUCAGCUGGUGGCAAUACAGUCCUCCUGGUUAGCAAUUUAAAUGAAGAGAUGGUUACGCCCCAAAGUCUGUUUACCCUCUUCGGUGUUUAUGGGGAUGUGCAGCGUGUGAAGAUUUUAUACAAUAAGAAAGACAGUGCUCUUAUACAGAUGGCAGAUGGGAACCAGUCACAGCUGGCCAUGAGUCAUCUAAAUGGACAAAAAAUGUAUGGAAAGAUUAUUCGAGUUACCCUUUCCAAGCAUCAGACAGUACAGCUACCUCGAGAGGGACUUGAUGACCAAGGGCUCACUAAAGAUUUUGGUAAUUCACCCUUGCAUCGCUUCAAGAAACCUGGCUCAAAAAAUUUUCAGAAUAUAUUCCCUCCAUCUGCAACACUUCAUCUGUCCAAUAUUCCACCAUCAGUAGCAGAAGAUGAUCUGCGCACACUGUUUGCUAACACUGGAGGCACUGUGAAAGCAUUUAAAUUUUUUCAAAGAGAUCACAAGAUGGCACUUCUUCAGAUGUCAACAGUGGAAGAAGCUAUUCAGGCUUUGAUUGAUCUGCAUAAUUACAAUCUUGGAGAAAAUCACCAUCUGAGAGUUUCUUUCUCCAAAUCAACGAUUUAAAAUGGGAGAUAAAAAAUGAAGGUGUAUCGCAUUGUUCAGUGUCGUCACCUAUUGACUGUUCAGGAGAGUGGGGACCAGAGUUUGACUUCUGUCUUUCAUGCUGUUAUCAUUCCUUGGUUGUUUUUAAAAAAAAAAAAAAACAUUCAUAAGAAAAUAAAAGCAGUGAUAUUAACUGUUGGUUUUUCAUCUGUUGUUUAGAGAAACAUCAUUUUGUUUAAAAGGGUUUCAAGUUAAGCCCACAGUUUUUCAAGUUAGUUGACAUACGUGCCUUAAAAAGGAAAACUAGUGUUGCUAGAAUUGCAUUUGCUAGUAAAAUGAAUUUGGUUGGCUGGGGCACAGUGUUACAUGAGAAUUAAAAUAUAUUUAGGCAGGGGUGUGUUAAAAAGGUUAAGGUUUUUGUUUCUCCUGCUUGGAAUUCUUUUAUUACUUAUUGGGUUGUCACGUACCUUUCUUUUUAAUCAGAUAAGAUACAUUACUUUGAAAGAUUAAAACACAGCAUAUUUUAUUUCUACUACUUUAACUUUUUUUUGUAAAUGGCCUUCUGUAUUUCAUGAUUCUGGUCUAGAUUCAGUUAUGAAUGUAGCCAUUAGAGAAAAUUAACAAGGUACAGAAUAUUAAUUUCUUAAAAGAGAAAAAAGUGAUUUCUGUGUUUUUGAGCCCUAUGUGGAAAGCAUUGUGGGUGGAAUCUUAACCUUUUUGUACACACUCUUGUGGGACGUAUCAUAUAAAUGUCAGCACUAAGUAAUGUCUUGUUUGUGGUUGAAUAUUUUUCGUAGAUGUUUUUGAAGUUGACAUGACUUAUGUGCAUUUAAAUAUAUAUUGCCAUCUUUAGUUUGUAAUUAAGAUUUGGAAUAUGGUUGUGGAUUUCUGAGCAUGUGCAGACUGGUCUAGCUAGUUCAGGAACUGGUGCAUGUAUUUUUCAAAGAUGAAGAAAGUGUACUGUGAACACUUGCAGGAAGGUUAAUUUUGUGGCAGUUUUUUAAAACUGACAACCAGGUGGGACCAAAGUUUAUGUGCCUUUAGUCUUAAUUUACCUUGCAUUGUAAUAUUCAGUUUUAAUAAAUCUCUUCAAAAUAUUUUGUAUUUAGAAAUCGAUCUGACUUUACUAUAAACAUGGCUCAGAAUCUACAGAUCAAAUUAUUUUGAAAACAGUUCUUCUGUCAUUCUGAACUGUUUAAUCUGAUUCUGUUUAAAUGACCAAUGCUUUUUGAAAUUGAUGUACUUAGUUUCAAGAUUCAUAGAUUCUGUUAUCUAUGUAGAAAAAGGUCAUGUAUAUUUUCUAUUAGUUAAGUUUUUACAUCUUUAGAAAUGUAAAAUUCAGUAUAGUUUGAAAGCGGCACAAUUAAAAAUUAAUUUUCUAACAAAGUUGGGAGGUUUGACAGUCGUUUAAUUUCAUUGUGUGUACUCUGCUUACCUCUGUAGCAUGCUCAAUAAACACUUCUGUAGCUCUGUAUUCACCUUUUCUGUCUUUCUCUGCUGCCUUUUCUCUCUUCUCUUCUUUGUUUUCCACUCCCACUGUGCUUCUGAAUUCAUGUUUAUUCUCUGCCAGGGUGGGAAAAGAAUAAUCAUAGUAAUAAUUUUACAAUUGUAUGGCUUUAUACCAUAAGUAAAUCUGAUGCUGUGAAAAUACAUCAGCUCCUUAUAUUUAGAAAGACAGUAACUGCUUUGGAGGAGUACAUAUAUAUUACACAUUUCCCACCCUGUUAUAACCUACUACUUUAAGGACAACUUUUGUUGUGGUUUGUUAGUGCUCUUUCUCUCUCUCUUUUCUGUUUUAAGUAGAUUUAUGCACUAAUAGAUCUCUCAGGUUUGCCAUGCUGUCUUGCUGCAAUUUCAUCUUCCAUCUUUUGUGUCUGUUAAAGAUUUUCUACUAAUCAUAAAAUAUUCUCAUGGGUUAAAAAACAAAACAAAACAAACUCCAAAGUGACCAUGUUGCUAAAACAAAUAUUAGAACAAUGGACCAUAUUAUAGUUGUUGGGUUUUUUUUUUUUUUUUUCCCCCACCUGUUCUGAAAAACAUUCAAGAAAAUUCUUUUGGCAAGUUAGUUUCUACACAUUUAUUUUAAAUUGAUUUUUCUCCGCAUAAUAAAUGUUAAUUUCUCUAGGUUAAAAAUAACUUAACACACAGUCCCAGUUAAAGAAUAACUGUAUAAUUCUGAACUUCUGUAUUGGUAAAAGUUAUCAAGGUUCAAAACAUUUUUUUGUCACUUCUUCAAUACAGCUACUGUAGGUUUAUUGAUCUCAGAUUACUUUGUGACCUGGUGUCUGUUCUUUAUGAUGGCCUUAUAAUCAAUAACUAUCUGUCAAAUAUUUAAAGGUUACCACAUAACCUAGAGGUGUUGCAUUAGUCUCCACUGUACUAAAUAAAAAUGAAUUGCAUUGAAAUCUGCUUGGUCAGGAACACGCCCUAAGUAUGGCUCUGAAGUUAUGCUUCAAGUAUUGCAAUCAUCACCCAGACUGAACUACAAAUAAAAUCAUUUCAACUCUGACUGAAGCUUUGUGAACCAAUUUAAAGCUUUGUAUAUUACAAAGUCUAAAUUAAAAGCCUGUUGUAGACUAAAAAUCCUUCACUUUUAACAGCAUGAUGUGCCCUGUAUUUUUAAAAGCAGAAUUUUAAUGAAUUAGUUUGACAGCAUCCAGAACUAAUAAGUAAUGAGAUUUUGACUAAAUUUGUCUUCUGAAUGCAUGUUAAAAUGUGCUCAACUGUAUCUGAGGAGAAAUAUGAAUUGAAAGUUACCAUUCCUAGUAUUCAGCUCUUGCUGAACUAUUUAUACUUUGAACCAUCUGUAUCAGAUAGCUGUACAAUAAAAGUUGUGUGUAUAAUGUAGAAAUAACUUUACAAUACGUGCAUCUGGUGAGAUGUUUACAAAUUUAGGGGUAUUUUUAUUUGUUUAAUUGAACGUUGCCAAACCUAUUAUUCUAAGAAUAGGUAGCUAUAAUUAUUUUCUCAGGUUGUUAAGUUCUGUUACAAAAACUCAAGCAGAAAACAAUGUAUAUUGAAUUCUAUUUGUUAUAAACCCAUUAACACUCAUUAUGAGGCUCUGUUUAUAUACAUUUAAAUUAAAAAAUGCUGGUCUUAUAACUGCCAUAAAGGUGUCGUCUAUAAACUCAAUGAAGAAAAUCACUGUUCAGUCCUUGACUAACUUGAAUUCUCUAAUUAUAGAUGUGAUAGAUAAUUGAAAGGUUAUUAAUUAUAGAAAUAUAUUAUGGUUAAUAUUUCUGUAAUUGGGAAGAUAAUGAUCAAAACAAUUUUUUACUGCAUUAUGCAAAAAAACAAAAAAUAAAACUGCCUUACUGUAAAGAGUGAAAAGUAAAGAUAUUUGUUUAGAUAAUGCAUAGAUUAAAUGUCCUAAUUGCUGGAAGAACUGCUGGAAGACCAAGCUGACAUUAUUUUUCUUACAUUAUUAUCUAAAUUAUAUAAAACAUUGAUAAUUUGAAAAAUCAACAUUCAUAUUUUUCAAAUUUAAAUUAUUCUUAGCAUAUAAAGAGGUUUGAAUAACUUUUUAGACAGCAUACAAAUAAUGCAGUACCCACAUAAGCUACCUUAUUAGAACUUUCCAGUUCCGUAGGCAUUUUUGAUAUUUUAAAAUACAGAGAUCUUGGCUUUGGAAUAUCUGCUUUAAAAUAGCUGUAGUAUGUUUCCUUUAUGCAAAAGUCAUUUUAGAUAGCUCAAGAACUUUUCUGUGUAGAUUAGUUGAUUUUUCCAUCAUUUGGAGAGGAACCCAGAUUAAUUUGCUAAACAACAUUGGACUUGGAAAGCUGGGUCCAAAAGUGGUUUCUUAUUUGUCCAGUAGUGCAAAUACUAUGAAUUUAUGUAUGAACUUAAAAAAAAAAAAAUCUGGACAACCAAAAAUUGUGGCAAACUUACUCCCUUUAAAUAAAGAUUUUCAACAUUC